AUGGAUUCUCCCGUGCACACUGAAGUUGAGCCAAUGAAUGAUGAUGUUAUUACUAAUAUUGAGAAAACACCUGAAGCUGAAGAUAAAAAAUCUUUAGAUGUUGAUAAUAGUAAUAAGAAGGAUACAUGUAAGGAUAAGGUUGAUGAGCCUAGUUUGAAGACUAUUUUGAGACCUCCCGCUCCUUUUUCUCAGAGGCUGAAAAAGAAGCAAGGAAAAGAGGCAUUGGAGAAAAUGCCUGUGUAUGCAAAAUUCAUGAAAGAUCUGGUCUCUAGAAAUCCUAUUGCUUCUACAUCAUUAGUGGAGAAGAAGGAGAAACCUGGAGCCUUCACCAUUCCAUGUACCACUAGGUCCUUCAAAUUUUCUUGGGCUUUAUGUGAUCUAGGAGCCAAUAUAAAUCUUAUGCCGCUGGUUCCAUCCUUCAUAUUUCUUGUUGAUUUCAUAAUACUUGAAUGUAAGGUGGACUUCCAAGUCCCUAUCAUCUUGGACAGACCCUUCCUAACUACGGGUGAGGAAUUGGUUGAUAUGAAGUUGGAGAAGAUGAGGUUUACACUCAAAAAUGAACAGGUAAUCUUUAAUGUAUGCCUGUGGAUGCAACAUCCUGAUGAUAUAAGAAUUGUGUCGGUAAUAGACACCAUUGAUGGUGAGGUUGAUGCAGUUAUUAUUCCAAUUGAGGAGCGACUGCGCCUUGAAGCAUUAGCAGCGAUGAUUGUGAAUUUUGAGUGA